ACCAUUUUUUUUGUUUAUCUCCUAAAAUGAAUCACAAGUGAAACAAUUACGCUGUCGUAAUCACUUUCAAGAUAAUUAUUUAUUCAAAAACGGACCUUGAACCGAUGAUGGGCAGCGGCCCGCAGCCCUUCCGGGUCUUAUUGCGAACGUUCCAGGACGGCGACGUGAGAGGAGAUCCUGCGAUAUCCGAGACCAGCCUAAUGACGAAAAUUGCAGAGCAUUACCUGCUCGUUGGAGAGAAAUUCAAGGUCAGAUGUCUAUCCUGCGGUAAGACUUUGGGUAAGAAAACUUUUGCAGAUGUAUAAGAAAUGAC